AUGACGCGCGAGAGGAAGCAACCGUCGUGCUGGCAGACGCUGUGCUGCAUCGCGGCGGGUGCGCGCCACUCCGAGGACCACCUCACGCCCCCGCUGUCCGUAGCGUCCUCCACCGUGCGCAGCAUCGCCCUGGACGCUGAGCUCGACCAGGCCGGCGGAAUGGCAGCCGGGGUGCGGUACAAGCCGGUGUACAGCCGGCGCAACGCCAACGGCGCCUGGGGGCCGUGCAUUGCGGCCUGCGGCGUGCGGCCGCUGCACACCAUGAGCAUGCACGAGGUGGUGGCGGUGGGCGAGAGCCGGCGGUGGUCUCCAAAGAGCGCGCCGGGGGCGAUGUACCCCAGAGGCUGCGGGAUGGGGACGUUUGUCCUCGAGAGCCAGGAGGUGGAGGUAGUGGGGAGGGGAGGGGGCCAGAAGACGUGCAGAGAGUACUCCCCGGUGGGAGGCCCAGGGGCGAGCUCCGCGCGGCGGCCCAGUCCCGCCGGCCACAGCCCCGACAGCCUACCCGGCCGGCCGGACUCCAACCUGAGCGCCCGCAGCGGUAUCGAGGCAAUAGUCAGCGGGCGGGCGCGGCAAGAGCCAAAGAAGGAGCUGCAGCUGCCGGCGCUGACGAUCGCGCCGCGGCUGGACGCCUCCUUAUCGCCCAAGUUCUCGGAGUUGGCGACGGAGGGGGGGGCGUACACGCCCACGGCGUGCACGCCCUACAGUGCCUUCACGCCCACCUCCGCCUACUCGUACUCCGUGUCGGAGCAGUUCUCGACGGUGGGCGGGUUUGACCCUGCGUCGAUCCAGUGGGGCGGGUUCCUUGGGCGGGGCAACUUCAGCACGGUGUACAAGGGGCGUAUCGACGGCAUCGACUACGGCGUGAAGAUCAUCCGCAACCCGGUGAGCAAGGGCACGGAGCGCUUGGCGGGCUUCAUGGCCAAGAACGUGCUGCACCCCAACCUGGUGCGCGUGUGCGGCGUGAAGAGCGUCACCGUGCACUGCAGCCUGGAGGACGCGCACACGCCGCAGCGCAGCAUGGAGCGGUCCAUGAGCAUGGUGUCUCAGGGGGAGGCGUACCCGGAGGGUUUCCUGAACUCUGGGCGCACGGGCAAGACCGAGCUGACCAUCCUGGACGACGACAAGUCGGAGUUCAGCAUGCUGGCGCGCAACAUCCCGCAUAAGGGCGGGACGGGCCGGGAGGACACGGAGACUUGGGUGCUGAUGGAGUACUGCGACGCCGGCACGCUCGAUAAGGCGAUCGAGCGGGGCUUGCUGUGCGAGGGCAUGCGCUUCGACAAGCCCAAGAUGCUGCACGUCCUGUUCGCCGCCCUGGAGAUCGCCUCCGCCAUGACGCACCUCCACUCCUGUGGCAUAAUCCACGGCGACCUGAAGCCCGAGAACGUGCUGCUCCAGUCCUGCGACCCGUCCCCCAUGGGCAUGGAGUUCACCUGCAAGGUCGGCGACUUCGGCUUGAGCCGGCGCACGAGCAUACAUGCCACGCAGCAAAACGACAGCUUCAACUGCGGCACGGUGGCCUACAUGGCGCCCGAGGUCCUGCGCGACAACACCUCCACCUACGCCGCUGACGUCUUCUCCUUCGGUAUCCUCCUGUGGGAGAUGCUGUCGGGGCGGAAGGCCUUCGCCAGCCUGUCGCAGCCCGCGACGCUGGUGGCGAUCGUGGAGGGCCGGCGGCCCAAGGUGCCGGCCUUCUUCCCCAGCUGGUACGCCCAGCUGUUGGAGGACUGCUGGAACCACAACCGCCAGGCGCGGCCCAACUUCGCGGACAUCGUGGAGAGGAUCAACCUCAUGGUGCUGGCGUUCGAGAGGCCGCGCACGCCGGAGCAGUUCAUGCCAGAGUCGUACUCGUCCAACCACUCGGAGAGGAUCGUGGCCUACCAAGGCGCCCAGCAGUUCAUGGAGGGGGACCUGCACACGAACCCCUUCUACGAGCACGACCAGGACCACCCUGAGGGCAUGUUCGAGCAGGCGGGCUACCCCGUGGCUGAAGCCAGCUUCCACUCCAUAUCGUUCGACGACAUGGCGUGCGGAGCCAACGCGCCCCUGGCGCCCACAGGGUCCGUCUUGCCCAGCCCGAGGCGAGGCAGGCAGCACGCCCGGGCCAAGCGCAACACCCUCUCCGACAACUCCCUCCCGGACCUCAAGGAGUGCGACCCUCAGGCGGAGCUGACCGACUCGCCCACACCCACGCCCGCCGAGGAGGCCCCUUCCUCAUCCGCCAAAUCCCAGCCGCAGCAGCCGCGGCAGCGCCCACCGACCCCACCCACCCAGGAGCUCUCAUCCCAUCCCGUCGACGCCUCCGAGGAGUCCGAGAUCGUGACGCGGUUCCGGAAGUUCUCCGCCAGCCUGAGGCGCGCCGGCCCCAGUCGGUCCAGCCCGGUGCCCGAGGACCGCGUGACGCUGCUGGGGCCGCCCAAGAAGGUCACGGCGCGGAUGCAGGGCAGCGGGGAGAGCCUGAGGGAGAGCACGCGCCGUGUGAGCGGCCUGUCCACCGAGCCCUCCACGCCGCGCAGCUCCUGCACCACGCCCAGCGGCGACAGCGAGUACUGGGGUAGCGACUGGAGCCCGCCGCACACGGCCGGCCAGCCGCAGCGCCUGUCCGCCAGGGGCAAGCGCCUGGACGACGCGGACAAGGACGCGGGCAGGCGGGCGGGGCGGGUCGUCCGCCGGGAGGCUGCAGGUCAGGACUGGCAUGGACCUGGCGGCCCAGCCCGUGCACUACGUCAAUCAGUGGGACCCGAUGAUGUCCGGGGGUUUUAUUGGGGACUCGGACAGGGGCACGUCCCUCAUACGCCCCGUGAAGAUCGAGGAGCUGGGGAAUGA